AAAAUAGCGCGAGGGUUCUUCGCAAAAUCUUUUGGUGCGAUUUCUCUCUCCGCUGCUCGCGAACUACAUCGCCGUCUCGGACAUGGGAAAGAAGAAGACGAACAAGGCUAAUGGCGAUAGCCAAUUCUCUCCCUCCACCAUCUUCGUUUCUAACUUGCCUUUCACCCUUACGAACACUGAGCUGGAACAAACGUUCAGUGAAGUUGGCCCCAUCAGAAGGUGCUUUUUAGUAACAAAAAAAGGUUCUACUGAACACCGAGGUUUUGGCUUUGUCCAAUUUGCCUCGGUUGAAGAUGCUGGUCGUGCUAUUGAACUCAAAAAUGGCUCAACAGUUGGAGGGAGAAAACUUGGAGUCAAACAUGCAAUGCAUCGGGCUCCUCUUGAACAGCGUCAAUCAAAGGGAAGUCAAGACAAGGCUCCUCAGGAAAGGGAUAGGGAUGGCACUUUGCCUGCUGAAAUAGUCAAGCAUGAACAAGAUUCAAACUCUCAAGGAACAGGUAAGCCCAGAAAAAGGAAAGCUACAGUACUUUGCAGUGGUAUGCCCGAUGAAAAGAAUUGUUCAGAAAAGCAGAGGGUUGCUAGGACAGUCAUAAUUGGAGGUAUUCUUAGUGCGGAUAUGGCAGCAGAAGUUCACCGUCUUGCCAAAGAGUGUGGCACAGUAUGUUCUGUUACUUAUCCUCUUCCCAUAGAAGAACUUGAAUAUAAUGGGCUGGCUCAAGAUGGUUGUAAAAUGGGUGCUUCAUCCGUGCUUUAUACUAGUGUGAAAUCAGCUCAAAGUUGUGUUGCAACCUUACAUCAAAAAGAAAUACAUGGCGGGGCUAUUUGGGUGCGCCAACUUGGUGGAGAGGGUUCCAAGACUAAUAAAUGGAAACUAAUAGUGAGGAAUAUUCCUUUCAAGGCCACAGUGGAUGAGAUAAAGAGUAUGUUUUCAACUGUUGGCUUUGUAUGGGAUGUAUAUAUUCCUCAAAAUGCAGAGACAGGUUUGUCUAAGGGAUUUGCAUUUGUUAAAUUUACAUCCAAGCAAGAUGCAGAAAAGGCUAUUAAGACUUUCAAUGGAAAGAAUUUUGGUAAAAGGCCUAUUGCUGUUGAUUGGGUUGUACCAAAAAAGGUUUAUGUUGCCGAUAGUCAAUCUACUGCAGCUUCAGAAGAUGGUCGGAAUGAAAGUGAUGGAGAUGAUGACGAUAGUGUUGAUUUGGAAGAUCAGGAAAUGGAGAUUGAUGGAGAAUCCCAACAAGCUCUUGGGAGCGACAGUGCCUCUGAAUUAGAAGAAGCAGAAGAAGAAAAAGACGAAGAAGAUGAAGAUGCAGAUGAAGAAGAAGAAGAAGAUGUUGAUAAGGACACCCAGCCCAAAGUUAAUAUUGAUAUGGAAGCAGACAUUGCAAGGAAAGUUCUUGAAAAUUUAAUUUCGUCUACUUCUAAAGGAGCAGCUGCUUCUGCCAACGAAUCUUCCAGCUUGCCCAAGGGAGAGAAGAGUGAAGUUGUUAGUGUACAUGACAAAUCCUCUGAUGCAUCUCAUGUGGAUGAAACGCCACCUGAAGGUUCUAGUAAGAGUAAGGAGAAAACCUCCAGGCCGACUGAAGGAGCAGAGGAUCUGCAGCGAACAAUUUUCAUUAACAAUCUUCCUUUUGAUGUUGAUAAUGAAGAAGUGAAGCAGCGCUUUUCUGCAUUUGGUGAAGUGGAGUCCUUUGUUCAAGUUCUUCACCAAGUCACCAAGCGACCCAGAGGGACUGGGUUUCUCAAAUUUAAAACCGCAGAUGCUGCUGAAGCUGCACUUUUGGCUGCCAACACAGCAGCUGGUUUGGGUAUAUUUCUGAAGGGUAGGCAAUUAAAGGUUUUAAAGGCUGUUGACAGAAAAACAGCUCAGGACAAGGAGUUGGAGAAAACCAAAAAGGAUGAUCAUGACCAUCGCAACCUUUAUCUUGCCAAGGAAGGACUUGUUUUGGAGGGAACUCCUGCUGCUGAGGGUGUUUCGGCAAGUGAUAUGUCUAAGCGCAAGACGUUGCAUGAGAAAAAGAUGAUCAAGCUUAAGUCCCCUAACUUCCAUAUCUCAAGGACUCGACUAAUUAUAUACAAUCUUCCAAAGUCAACGACUGAGAAAGAUCUUAAGAAACUUUGCAUAGAUGCAGUUACCUCUCGAGCUACUAAGCAAAAACCCACAAUCAGGCAGAUAAAAUUUUUGGAAGAUCAUAAAAAAGGUAAAGUGGUAGUGAAGAAUCAAUCUCGUGGAGUUGCCUUUGUUGAGUUCACGGAGCACCAACAUGCACUUGUAGCUCUGAGAGUUCUUAAUAAUAAUCCUGGAACUUUUGGCCCUGAACAUCGUCCGAUUGUAGAGUUUGCUGUUGAUAAUGUCAAGAAACUGAUGCACCGUAAAGAGAAGAUUCAAGUCCAGCAGAAUGAAUCUCAUCAUAAAACAGAUAAGUCAUGGCAAAAUGAUCCUGCUAAUGAGCAGGAUUCUCGCCAUAGCAAGUCAAGAAAACGCAAAUCUAGAGGGGAUGCGUCAUCAAUUUCUGCGUGUGAGAACAGUGAAGUGAAAACAGGUGCCAAGGGAGCAAUUGCUGAACCAGCCAGACCCACAAAGAAGCAGAAACCAAAGAAAAUGUUGAUAAGCUUAAAACAGGACCUAAUAGAGAACCGGCAAAAAGGAAAGUUUGCUGACAUUGGAUCUCAACCAACUAAAAGUGCCUCGAGCAAUGCCCCUAAGCCUGUACCUAUCAAAGAUGGGGCUAUGAGAUCAAAAGCAAGAUCGGAAGAUGAGACCACCCAAGAGAUACAAAGAAACAGUUCGAAGAGAGCAAAAAAGUCUAAAAAGAACAAAGACCCUUUGGGACGUGAUGUGGUGGACAAACUUGAUGUGCUUAUUGAACAAUACAGGUCUAAAUUCUCAAAGGGUAGUUCUGACCAAAUUGAUGGUAACAAACAUGGUUCUAAACGGCUCAGGAGGUGGUUCCAAUCAUAAUCGCCUUUUGAAGUUCCUGUUGUUCGGUCUUGCCUUGGUUUUUCUACCUGAAGCUUUCUUUUGUAUUUUAUGGCAGUUACAAAUAUGCUCUCAACAGUCAACACAGUCAGGUAAAAAAUGGCAGUUUUUCGGUAGUUAAGAUUUUUCCUACUGCCGCCACUCGCCAGGGCUUCCUUUUGACUUUAGAUACCUUUCCUGUUCUGUUUCAAUUUUUGUAGCGAGGAAUGUGGCAUAUGUUCCUAGAAGCUUUUGUGUUGUCACUUUCUGUUUAUUUACUUUUUUGAAAUUGUUAUAGCAUAAUUAAUAUCUGAAUGACAAUGCAAGUCCCAAUAACAUUAGCCAGCGUUUUGAUUUACA